AUGAGCACGAGCGCAGUACCCUAUCAGCAGAGCUCCUAUGGCCAUGAUCGCAGCUCUGGGCCAAUCCACUGUUAUCGAUGCAGGGAUGUCUGUAAAGGGGAGGUGGUGCGCGUGCAGAGUGUACACUUUCAUGUCAAAUGCUUCACCUGCCAAGUGUGCGGCUGCGAUCUGGCCCGAUCCGGAUUUUUCCAGAAGAGUGGCGAAUACAUCUGCACGUCAGACUACCAGCGUCUCUAUGGCACUAAGUGUGACAGCUGUGGAGACUUCAUCACAGGAGAGGUGGUGUCAGCGCUGGGUCGGACAUAUCAUGCCAAGUGCUUUGUUUGCAGUGUCUGCAGAAAACCCUUCCCGAUUGGAGACAGAGUAACCUUCAGUGGGAAGGAGUGUGUCUGUCAGCAAUGCUCUCACACACUUGUCAGUUCCAGUGAGCCAAUCAAGAUCCACGGGCCGAGCCACUGUGCUGGGUGUAAAGAAGAAAUCAAGCAGGGCCAGUCUUUGCUGGCAUUGGAGAAACAGUGGCAUGUCAGCUGUUUUAAGUGUCAGACCUGUGGCAUGGUCCUGACGGGAGAGUACAUCAGCAAAGAUGGCAUACCGUACUGCGAGGCGGAUUAUCACGCGCAGUUUGGUAUCAAGUGUGAGACGUGCGACAGAUACAUUAGCGGCCGAGUUCUCGAGGCUGGAGGAAAGCACUAUCAUCCUACCUGUGCUCGCUGUGCGCGAUGUCACAUGAUGUUUACAGAGGGUGAGGAGAUGUACCUGACGGGUUCAGAAGUAUGGCACCCGGUUUGUAAACAGGCAGCACGGGCAGAAAGAAAACUCAGGCACAGACGCAUGUCAGAAACCUCCAUCUCUCCACCGGGCUCUAGCAUUGGCUCUCCGAGUCGAGUCAUCUGUGCCAAAGUGGAGAACGAGAUCCUUGAUUACAAAGAUCUGGCUGCUCUGCCUAAGGUUAAAGCUAUAUAUGAAGUGCAGAGGCCCGAUCUAAUAUCCUAUGAACCAUAUCAGAGAUACUGCUCAGAUGACAGGCUAGAACGCUACAGCUAUGGGGAGUCUCUGGGUACACUCUCCCCUUAUUCUCAGGACAUGUACGACAGUAUUGAUUUAAGGCAGAGGAGGUCCUCCAGCCCUGGUUACAUUGACUCCCCCACCCACAGCAAACAGGGCAUGUCUCCCAUCCUGUCCAGAUCCCCGCAACACUACUACCGCCCGGGCUCUGAGAGUGGCAGGAGCUCACCCUAUUACAAUCAGCUGGAUACCAGGUCCAGCACUCCCACUACGUACCAAGCACCCAAGCAUUUCCAUGUGCCAGCAUCAGGAGAGUCCAACAUCUACAGGAAGCCUCCCAUCUAUAAGAGACAUGACAAUCUCAAUAAUCCAGCGAUGAAAAGCAAGACCAGUGAAGACAUUCUCCAGACCUCCAAGUUCCCAGCUGCUUACUCACCCGAGAAUUACCAACAGACUGAAUCCGAUUACUACCAUUAUACCGGCUCCCCUAAAUCUUUACGUGUUCCUAGGAGAAGAUUUUCAACAGGGGGUGAAGAGGAUGGUUGGAAUCACAGUCUUCAAAGAAUCCAGGGUGGAAUUGGCAGAAUGAUCCUAAAGGAAGAGAUGAAAGCCCGCUCUGGUUCCUAUGACAACGACCCCUGGGGUAGCGCGCGGAACUCCCGUAGUGGGAGCAAGGAGACACUCCACAGCAUGGGUUACACCAGCAGUGUAAACGGCUCUCCUCGUUACAGUGCUGACAACGACUCCUACUUAUCAAAAUCAGCUUCUUUACCAGGAUAUGGCAGGAAUGGAUUGCACAAGAGACAGAGUGGAGAUUAUUUCCAGUAUGACAGUGGAAAUGAGGUCAAUUGGGAAAUCAGGGAAUACAAGAUUUAUCCCUAUGAGGCACUGAUAGUCACCACCAGAGGGCGAAACAGGUUGCCGAAGGACGUGGACAGAACCAGACUGGAGCGGCACCUCUCUCCAGAGGAGUUCUACCAGGUGUUUGGGAUGACCAUGGCAGAUUUUGACCGGUUGGCACUGUGGAAGAAGAAUGAACUGAAGAAACAAGCGAGACUGUUUUAA